AUGGCCUUGCUCAUCGCCGUCCUGUGCAUUGAAGCUUCCAUGGCCACUGACAGCUGCCCAGAGGUCAAGCUGGUGGAUCUGAAAGGGACUGACAAGCUCAGCAUUCUUCGAGGCUGCCCAGGGCUGCCCGGAGCCCCGGGACUCAAGGGAGAGGCGGGUACCAAUGGAGGGAGAGGAGAACGAGGCUCCCCUGGUGCCCCUGGGAAAGCAGGACCUCAAGGGCCCAAAGGAGAACCAGGACAGAAGGGGGCUCGAGGAGAGAAGGGAGAGUCCUGGGAGCCUCAGGGAUGUCGCACAGGACCCCGGAGCUGCAUGGAGCUCCAAACCACAGGAAACAUCCUGAGUGGCUGGCACACCAUCUACCUCCCUGACUGCCGGCCGCUGACAGUGCUGUGUGACAUGCACACGGACGGUGGGGGCUGGAUCGUUUUCCAGCGGCGGAUUGACGGCUCCGUGGACUUCUACCGGGACUGGGCCGAGUACAAGCGUGGCUUUGGCAGUCAGCUGGGAGAGUUCUGGCUAGGGAAUGACAACAUCCACUCCCUGACUGCUGACGGCACCAGUGAGCUCCGGGUGGACCUGGUGGACUUUCAGGGCAACCACCAGUUUGCCAAGUACAGCUCAUUCAUGAUGGCAGGCGAAGAAGAGAAAUACAAGCUGGUCCUGGGGGCCUUCGAGGAGGGCAAUGCAGGUGAUUCUCUGACAAUACACAACAAUAAUUCCUUCAGCACCAAAGACCGGGACAAUGACCAGAAUUCUGGAAGUUGUGCCGUCAUGUUCCGCGGAGCCUGGUGGUAUGAGAGCUGUCAUAGGUCCAACCUGAACGGUCUCUACCUCGGCGGGGCCCACGAGAGCUACGCCAACGGUAUCAACUGGAAGGCAGGGAAAGGGCACAACUACAGCUACAAGAUGUCAGAGAUGAAGCUGAGGUCCAAGUAG